AUGUGGCUCCAAGUGUCCCUCUUUAGUUUGUCCUGCUUGCUUCUGUCAAUCCAAACCCAGGCUCAAGAUCGAGCCUCCCUCCACCGCUCCAAUGACCCCUCUGGACGUUGCCAUUACACCUUUACUGUGGCCAGUCCACAAGAGUCCAGCUGCCCUGGAAGCAACAGCGAGAUGGAUGGAGUCUUGUCCAGGCUCACCCUGCUCGAAGCUUUGGUCAGCCGUCUCCUAGCAGGAGCAGACGAAGGCACCAUGACUGGGGUUGGAGCUAAUAGAGAAGAAGGUCUCCAGGAAGCUUAUUCCCAGGUUACCGGGGAAAGAAACCAGCUGAAGCAGGACAAGGAGCGUCUAAACAGGCAGAUCCAGGAGCUGCAGAGGAGGUUGGCUGAGCUGAGCCAGGAGGCAGAAAGCCUCAGGCAGAAACCCUGCCAGCAGCUCACCUCAGUGGACACUCAGCAUGAAAACAGACCAGCCAAUGAUCCCGCAUAUGACUUUGGGAAUAGUGGAUAUCAGGAGAUGAAAGCUGAAGUGACAGAGAUCUCUGCAUCCCACCUCUUCCGUGAAGGAAGUCACAACUUCACAGGUUGUGGAGAGUUAGUGUCAGUGGGAGAUCCUGUGUCACACAGGAAAGCUGACAGUAUCACAGGGAAGUAUGGUGUGUGGAUGCAGGAUCCAGAGCCUCAAGGCCCUCAGUACACCAACAACACUGUGUGGCGUAUUGAUUCAGUGGGAAGAGAUGUGCGUCACCUCUUUGCAUAUGAAGACAUGGAUCAGUUCUCCCGAGGUUUCCCAAUGAAGGUGCUGGUUUUGCCAGAGCCUGUGGAGAGCACAGGGGCAACUGUGUACCGAGGCUCCCUUUACUAUCAGCGAAGACUCAGUCGGACACUGAUUCGCUACGACCUGGCUUCUGAAUAUCUGGCAUCCCGCAUGGACCUGCCUCAUGCCGGCUUCCAUGGCCAGCACCCUUAUUCCUGGGGAGGCUACACUGACAUUGACCUAGCAGUGGAUGAACAGGGUCUGUGGGCCAUCUACAGUACAAGUAAAGCAAGGGGUGCAAUUGUAAUUUCGCAGCUGAACCCCGAGAGCUUGGAGGUGAAAAAGACCUGGGAGACUAAUAUUAAGAAGAACACAGUGGCCAACGCUUUCAUGGUGUGUGGACGUUUGUACACAGUGGCUAGCUACACUGUUCCCAACACCACCAUCAACUUUGUGUUUGAUACAGCCACUGGUGUGGGACAAGCUGUCGCCGUGCCCUUUAAAAACAAGUACAGUUACAACAGCAUGGUGGACUACAACCACGCUCAGAGGAAGCUGUAUGCCUGGGACAACUUCCACAUGGUCACCUAUGACAUCAGACUGGGCAGGGCCAGCCAUGGCAGGAGCUAG